AGAUUGUUGAGGCACUCCACUGGUGACCGACCACCAUGCAGAAAAUGACCCGUCUACAACCACGCUUUACGUUCUGUGGGAAAGCCAGUUCUGUAUCCACAAAGUUGAUGGGAUUUAUCUGUUUCAAAACCUCGUGUUGUGAGUCCUGAGGCUCCUGUGCCUCCUACCUGGUGGUUGCGGAAUAAUAACUGUUGCUCAACUUGGUGUGUGUCCUGAGGCUCCUAUACAUCCCUACUUCUCUCCUGAUGGAUGAAGCUGUUCAUCUGCUGUUCGUUGGUGUCGGUCUAACUGUCCUAUCAACACGGACUUCAGUUGACAACGGCUGCUUCCGCUUUCGAGCUCAGAGACGGAAAGAAUCCUCGACAGGAUGGACGGCAGCGAGACAUACCUGAAUGUGAAGUUCACCAAAAUGGACUCACGGUCAACUUCACAAGACGGUCUGAACUCCAGCUACUCAGAGCUGAAAUUUCAGAAAGAGGAACCCAGCAUUGAUGAGGACGAAGAUCCUCCCAUUUCCUCGGGACCCAGCGUUCCGUCAACCACUGCAGAAACAGCUGCGCAAGAGCAGGAGUCCAAAAUUAAAAUCGGAAAUAGACCGUACCGUCUUAUCUUCCUACUCUGUCUAGUUACAUCCGCCCUCAUCGUGACAGUGGCCGGACUCUCGAUCCAUGUGUCACAGAUCCGUCAGUCUCAGAUCACAUCCGGCCGUAACUUCCAGCUCUUUUGGGAUGAGUAUCACGAGAUGAACAGGACCCAGCGCCAAUGUCGACUACAAUUCCAUGAGUUAAACUCCACCCUACAAUCCAAAAUAUUGGAGAAUUCCCACCUGGAUCUCUCCCAGAGAACCUGUCUCAAGAAUCUCUCUGCGCUCAACUCUAAUCUGUCCGAUCUUAAACGAAUGCACAGCGAUCUCCGUCACCAGUUCACUGAGAUGGAAACGAAGUACAGAUCUGUCAACGAAACUAAGGCUCAAAUCUGUGAAUUGUUGACCAGCAGAAGAGUGUCACAGAUUCCUGAGUCUCAGAUGACAUGCGACCGAAACUUCCAGCUCUUUUGGGAAGAGUGUCACGAGAUGAACAGGACCCAGCGCCAAUGUCGACUACAAGUUCAUGAGUUAAACUCAACCCUUGAAUCCACAAUAUCGGAGAAAUCCCACCUGGAUCUCUCCCGGAGAACCUGUCUCAGGAAUCUUUCUGAGCUCAACUCUAAUCUAUUCGAUCUUAAACGAAUCAACAGCGAUCACCGUCACCAGUUCUCUGAGAUGGAAACGAAGUACAGAUCUGUCAACGAAACCAAGACUCAAAUCUGUGAAUUGUUGACCAGCAGAAAAGGAGAGCUCACGUGUCCUCAGAACUGGAUCGGAAACGGAGAUCGGUGUUAUUUCAUAUCAUCCUUGGAGAAACCUUAUGAUGGAGCGAGGGAACAUUGUUCAAACUUUGAUGCAAGGCUCCUGGAAAUAAAUUCAAAGGAGGAAGAGGAAUUUGUUUCCAUCUCUGUCGGAGAAGAAUCCAGAACUUACUGGAUUGGAAAAUGAGGUGACGGGAAUGUGGCCUCUUAUGUUCUGUACGCGAUGUUCUAUGGAUCGCCCAACUGCAGUAAGUGUGACUCAUACAGUUACAUUUACAAUUGCAAAAGGAAACACAGAUUCAUCUGCGAGAAAUCGGCAUAUUUAUACCCGGAUAUUCCUGAAGAGAUCCAAGCUCUCUGUCAACAGCCUGUCGGGCCGACUUCAGUCAAGUGACUUCACCCCACUUCUCCCCAUUCAAUCUACCUCACCCUCAGUCCCCUAUCCUUUCAAGCCCACCCACCCUCUCAUCCCUUCCUUCCAACCCUAGUCUCCUCCUCUACUCAUAUCCCCAUUCUCCCUCACUGCUCUACCUCUCCCCAUCUGGUGCACACCACCUCUCUCUGCCCCGCUCCCCCCAUUUGCUCCCCCUUGCUACUCCUUUUCUCUUUUUCCACGCCUCUCCAGUUCAUUCCCUUUCCACCCCUCCUCUCCCCCUAGGGCCCUAUUCUCUGCCUCCCCUUUCUCCGUUUUCUCCACACACAUUUACCUCAAUUAUGUGCACUCUCGCUCUCAAUUUCCUGAUCCAGGGGAAAAGACUGUGCACAUUCACCCUAUCUGUCCCUCUCCUGGAUUCCUACCCACGCUCCAAAGAAUAUAGACACAUUAUUCUUGACUUCCCUCCGGAACUAAGACACUCGAGUCCCGCAACAUCCUCGUAAAUCUCCCUUUACGCUCUUUCCAGCUCAGCGGCAUCUUUCCUGCAGGAGUGCGACAAGAACUGAACAUUGCCUUAUAAAGCGCGGCCUCACGAACGUCGUAUACAAGUUCAGCGUGACCUCAGCACGCUGCAAAUUAUAAAAUUAACGUAAAUUGGGAUAA